GUCGUUGGAGGACCGUUCUUAGAGUCGCUACUUAAUAAUUGUUAAGAGUGAAGAGUGCUUCAAUAUUUUAAACAUGAAAAUCGAGUGGGCUCCCAAAAAUGUUCCAAUUGAACGAAGGCGGCAAGCAUUUGCCAUGGCUUUCUUCAUACUUUCGUUUAUGUUGCUUUCCCUGGGCUCGUACUUUCUGACGGCUGCUUUUCUGAUCUAUGGCGGUCUAUACUUGCGUACUCUAACCAUUAUUUAUUUGGUCUACGUUUUUGUGGAUCAUAGAAGAACCCACUCUAUCAUGGACGGCAAUGGCUUGAAGAUUUUCCGUAAUAAUUGGCUAUUUCGGCAUUAUCGAGACUACUUUCCCGUGCAGUUGGUCAAAACCGCCGAACUUCCCCCCAACAAAAACUAUAUUAUGGCCAGCUUUCCCCAUGGAAUUCUGGGGACUGGCAUUUCCACCAACAUGGGUCUAGACAUCUCCAAGUGGCUGGAACUAUUUCCUCAAGUCAGGCCAAAGGUUGCCACUCUUGACCAGAAUUUCUUGACCCCUAUUGUGCGUGGACUGCUGAAAUCCUGGGGCUUGGUCUCCGUAUCCAAGGAGGCUUUAGUCUAUUUGUUGACCAAAUCCAAUGAUCCCAAGCAUAAGGACAAUCAAGAUGGCUUCACCUCCAAUGCGGUUGCCAUUUUGGUGGGUGGUGCCCAAGAGGCACUAGAUUCCCAUCCAGGAAAAUAUAUUUUGACUUUGAAAAAUCGAAAGGGUUUUGUCAAAAUGGCCAUUCGAACGGGUUCCUCAAUAGUACCAACAUUCUCUUUUGGCGAGGUGGACAUUCUUGACCAAGUGGCUAAUCCACCCCACUCAAAGAUUCGUCACUUCCAGGACUUUGUGAAAAAGCUGACAGGAAUUUCGCCUUUGGUUCCUGUGGGCCGAGGAAUCUUUAAUUAUACAUUUGGCUUUCUGCCUAAUCGUCGCCGCAUCGUUCAAGUUGUUGGUUCCCCCAUUGAUGUGAUCAAGAGCGAUAAACCGGAUCCUGCCUACGUAGAUAAAAUCCACAAUCAAGUCAUUGAGGCCCUGGAGAAGAUGUUUGCCCAGUACAAGGAUCAAUACAUCCCAAAUGCCAAGAAUACCAAGCUUGUCAUUCACUAGUCAACGGAAUUAUUAUCUAUAUUUUUAAUGUGAUCAAAAUAAUGCUUUAUAAGCAUUAAUUACAGAACAAUUUAUUAUUUUUUUAAGUUGCGAUUUUGUUAUAUUUUUUGUGAAUUUGUAAAUAGGGAUACAAUUUUUAAAUAAAAUAAAAUCAAUCGACAAAGUUAUUGAACUUUAGUGCCAUCACUAAAAGCUUAAUAUGAAAUGAC